AUGUUGCUUCGCGUGCCACGUCGAUUCUGCCGGGCGGGUGCAUCCACGUGGCGUGUGUGUGUGGCAGGAAUCGAGCGUGACGCGGGAGAGAACGAGAUCAAGUCGGCCUACAGACGGCUCGUGAAGCGGUUCCAUCCCGAUGUGUACAAUGCUUCGAGCGGCAGCGGGGAUGAGGGGGAGGCGGGGGGGGAGGCGGAGGCGCAGGGGGGCGCGGAGGGGGAGGGGGAGACGGCGGAGGCGCGGUUCAUCCGCAUCCAGGCAGCAUACGAGCUGCUCAUGGACCGGGACGAGCGCCGGCAGUAUGACAUGGACAACAGGGUCGACCCCAUGAAGGCGAGCAAGGCGUGGGUGGAGUGGGUGCGGCGCAAGAGGAAGGCGUUUGACCAGCGGGGGGACAUGGCCAUGUCGGCAUGGGCAGAGCAGCAGCAGCGCGAGCUCAACCUGCGCGCCAGACAGCUCUCCAAGGACAAGUCGGACCCGGACGAGAGGAGGAUUCUGGCACGGGAGCGAGCAGCAGCCAUGGAGGCAGCAGCGACGGUGAUCAAGCGCCAGUCACUCGUGCUCAAGAAGCGCGACCUGGAGCGCCGCCGCGCCGAGGAAGCUGCCAAGAAGCGUCUCGUGGCAGACCUGCUGGCUUUGGAGGGGUUUGAGGUGGAGGAGGAAGGGGAGGGGAGAGGAGAGGGGGGUGGGGAUGAUGGUGGGAGGGGGCAGCUGCCGUGGAAACGGGAGGGGUAG